CAACUGCUGUUUCUUCCUGCAACUACUACAACUCUCUUGGAUCUUCCACACACACUCACAGUAAUGGUGAAAUUCGAUCGAAAAGUGAUGUUUAAUUCAUUAUUUUUCACUUUAUUAUUAUGCUCAUCAUGGAUUCAAAUCUCAUAUUGUUCAAAACCAGCUGGAAUUGCUCGUAAAGAUGACAUUCCUUUCAUCAAAUGUCAAGUAUGCGAGAAGCUCGCGAAGGAAUUACACGAACAAAUUCGAGAUAAACAGGAUCAGAUCUCUCCGAAAAAGAUCUCAGAGUAUGAUGUGAUCGAAAUUUCGGAGAAUGUAUGCAAUUUGAAGAAGAGAGAAGCUGACUGGAUGCUGAAAAUUGAUAUUGUUGAGAAAGGUGAUAGAUUGGAGCUUGUUGAACAAGAUUCUGAAGGACAAUGUGGUUCAGAAUGCAAAACCAUUGAACGAGCUUGUCAAGAGGUUAUAGGAUACUAUGACACAGAUGUUGCAGAGUAUAUUUACAAAAAGAAGCCUAUGUUGAGUUCUUUGGUUAAAUUCCUAUGCAAAGAUCUCACUAAAGCAUGUAAUACCAAGCCACCACCAGUUCCUAAGGGUCGUGAGCCUGGGGAAGUUUUUGUCCCAAAGUCAGCUAAAGAGGCGGAAAUGGAAAAGAUGUUGAAAUCAAUGGAGGGUAUGCCAGGAGCACCUGGCAUGAAAAUGUACUCAAGAGAAGAGUUAAUGAGUGGAAAAGGCAUUGAUGAUGAAGAUGCUGAUGAUGAGGAUGAUGAAGAAGAACAAUCAAUCCCUUCAAAUUUGGGAAAGAUUUUGAGGGAAAAAGAAAACAAUAGCAAGAAAGUGGACUGGAAGCAAAAGAUCACAAAAGGAAUAAAAAAUGUUGGUGAAGCAACAAAGAAACAUGCAACUAAAAUGGCUUUUAAGUUGCAGAAAUGGUGGAAAGCAAAGAAGGCCACCUUCACACAACCAAAGUCAAAAUCUGCCAAAGUUGAACUUUGAGGUCAACGGAUGACUUGCAGGCGUACAACCAACAUCCGGAGCACCUAAGGGUUCUCAAGAAUGCACAGCCAUUACUUGAUGACUUCAUAGUUGUUGACUUCUUAUCUGACGGUGGCUGCGAUUCGCUAAAGCCAGGAUCUGUGAUGAGAGUCACAUUAUUGAAGUUAAAGGAGAAUUUGGUUGAACAUGAUAAAGGGAAGUUGGUUGAAGAACUUAAAAGUCAGUUUAAAAGGACUGAUGAUAUAAGUGUUGGUGAGAGUUUAGCUAAUGAAAUGUCCAAGGGGUACUCUAUUGGCGUGAUCGCUUUUUAUCCUGAUUUGGAGGCUAUUGAUUCGGAUGCAGCACUGCAUGAAUCGGAAGUGAAGGAUCUUAUCGAGAGUGAGAUUGUCGUUGAUUAUGUGGUUCCAUUGCCAUAUGCUGCAGAACACUGAUACCUAUUCAUCUACUCUUGUUUGUAACUUUUAGUUUAAAAUAACCUUGGAUUAAAUUUGUGUUUUGGUUUUUCAAA